CAGUCCCCAGACAUCCUCCGCCAUGAAGGGUCUCCUCGCCGUCCUCCUCCUGGCUUUCAUCGCCGGCAGCCAAGCCAAGGUGUUCACCAAGUGUGAGCUGGCCAAGGUCCUGAAGAACGCCGGACUCGACGGCUACUAUGGAUACAGCCUGGCCAACUGGAUGUGCAUGGCUUAUUACGAGAGCCGCUACACCACCAACGCCAUGUACGACAACGGAUGGAGCCGCGACUACGGCGUCUUCCAGAUUAACAGCUACUGGUGGUGCAACGACGGGAAGACCUCCGGGGCCGUGUCCGCCUGCAGCAUCAGCUGCUCCAAUCUGAUGAAUGAUGACAUCAGUGAUGACAUCACAUGCGCCAAGAGAGUGGUCCGUGAUCCCAAUGGCAUGGGUGCAUGGGUCGCCUGGAACAACUACUGCAAGAACAAGGAUGUGAGCAGCUUCGUGAGCGGAUGUGCCCUGUAAAUGAGACCCCCAUUAAUGCCCCCGCAAUCCACCCCCGCAGAAUGUGGAUCUUUAUGAAUGAAUGUUCAGUGAAUACUGUCAAUAAAUCCUUAGAAGAAGUGAAA